UAAAGCAACCAACAUUCUGUUAAGCCACAACACGCAGAACAACCUCUUUGUGAGUAAUCAAAUCAUGGACGAUCAAUCAGACGGCGGGGAAGGCAACUCCCAAAGAAAUCCGAAGCUGCCGGUACCCGGAAAACGCAACAUACUCAUCACAAGUGCCCUCCCUUAUGUCAACAACAUCCCUCACCUUGGCACCAUCAUUGGCUGUGUUCUAAGUGCUGAUGUUUACGCUCGAUACUGUCGCCUUCGCGGGUACAAUGCGAUAUACAUAUGUGGGACUGAUGAGUAUGGGACUGCAACCGAGACAAAAGCUAGGGAGGAAAAUUGUACUCCACAGCAAAUUUGUGACAAAUACUAUGAAAUUCAUAAACAGGUCUACGAGUGGUUCGAUAUAAGUUUUGAUAAAUUCGGACGCACGUCAACUCCUCAACAGACAGAAAUUUGCCAACAUAUUUUCAAGAAACUUUUGGAGAACGGAUAUUUUUCCGAGAACACAAUUCAGCAGCUGUUUUGUGAAACAUGCGAUCGUUUCUUGGCUGACCGGCUAGUGGAAGGCACUUGCCCAACGCUAGAUUGCGGCUAUGAUUCUGCACGAGGAGAUCAGUGCGAUAAGUGUGGAAAGCUGUUGAAUACAACUGAGCUUAAGGAUCCUAGAUGUAAAGCAUGUCAGGCACGGCCAUGCAUACGAGAGACGAACCACUUAUUUCUAGAGCUCCCUUUACUGAAGGAUAAAGUGGAAGAAUUUGUCAACAACCUGUCAGUUGAAGGAUCUUGGAGCCCGAACGCUAUUCAAACUACAUACGCAUGGCUUAGAGAAGGACUUAAGGUGCGAUGUAUGACGAGGGACCUUAAGUGGGGUGUUCCCGUUCCACUCGAAAAAUUUGAGGACAAGGUUUUUUAUGUAUGGUUUGAUGCGCCUAUCGGUUAUAUUUCUAUCACUUCAUGCUACACGCCCGAUUGGGAGAAGUGGUGGAAGAACCCCAAAAAUGUUGAGCUGUACCAGUUCAUGGGCAAGGACAAUGUGCCAUUCCACACGGUUAUGUUUCCAUCUACGCUUCUUGGAACCGGAGAGAAUUGGACACUGAUGAAGAGCCUUAGCGUCACAGAAUAUCUGAUGUAUGAAACAGGGAAGUUUUCCAAGAGUAGGGGCAUAGGAAUUUUCGGCAAUGAUGUGCAAGAAACAAACAUUCCCUCAGAAGUGUGGCGAUAUUAUUUGCUAGCUAACCGGCCAGAGGUCUCAGACACCGUUUUUACAUGGGCGGACUUACAAGCAAAACUAAACACUGAGUUGCUGAAUAAUUUGGGAAAUUUCAUUAACCGGGUAUUGAGCUUCAUUGCAAAACCUCAAGGACAAGGAUAUGGAUCUAUUAUUCCAGACGCUUCGGGGGCAGAAUCACAUUCCUUGACGAAAAGAUUGGCAGAGAGAAUCGGCAUAUAUGUGGAUCAAUACAUAGAAGCAAUGGAGAAGGUCAAGCUAAAGCAAGCACUGAAAAUUGCAAUGAGCAUAUCCAGUGAGGGAAAUGCAUAUUUACAAGAGAACCAGUUCUGGAAACUUUACAAACAAGAUCAAGCUUCCUGCUGUAUUGUCAUCAAGACUUCUGCAGGACUCGUUUAUCUUCUCGCGUGUGUGCUGGAACCUUUCAUGCCUUCAUUUUCUCUCAAGGUGCUAAAGCAGCUCAAUUUGCCACCCGAAAAUCAGUUUUCGCUUUGCAACGAGGAUGUUGAAAGGGCAAGAAAGCCUUGGGAAAUAUUACCUGAUGGUCACAAGAUUGGGACACCAGAGCCUUUGUUCAAAGAAUUGAAAGAUGAAGACGUGGAGUUCUUUAGGAGCAAAUUUUCUGGAAGCCAAGCUGAAAGGGUUGCUAAGGGAGAGGCUGAAGCAAAGAAAAUGGCUGAGAAAUUGGAGCAAACAAAAAUUUGAUGCUUCCUUUAUAUACUAAGUAGAUUCCUUGUUUGUAGUAACUUGUAUGGAUGGGUUGGAGGCUACCAAGUGCUUAAUUUCUGAAUGAAUAAUGAAUUUUGAAGGAUUUUAC